AUGAAACUCAAAUUUCGAGCUACGUAUGAUCCAAUGUUGGAUACUUUUAGAGUAGAAUUUUUAUUAGGAGGAUGUUUAUUAUUGGCUCUUAUCUUUAAUUAUGAUUUCACAUUUAUGGAGAUUUUAUGGACUUUUUCGAUUUAUCUUGAAUCAGUUGCAAUUCUUCCACAAUUAUUCAUGUUGAGUCGUACAGGAGAAGCUGAAACAAUUACUACACAUUACUUAUUUGCAUUAGGAGGAUACAGAUCGUUGUAUUUAUUGAAUUGGUUAUGGAGAUUUGUAUUUGAAGGUCAUGUUGAUUGGAUCGCAUGGGUCGCCGGUGCUAUCCAAACUGCUUUAUAUAGCGACUUCUUUUAUAUUUAUUACACAAAUAAGGGACAUGAACCUCCACCAGGAUUUGAUGCAGCUAUUGCUGAAAUUGAGAAAAAUGAUAGUAAAAGUAAUGAACGAGAACAUGAUCCGGAUGAUGCCCCUACUGUAAUUGAUAGUCAAGCUCCUGCUGCUUCUGAAUCCGCUCAUACUACUUCAGAAAUUUUCGAUCCAAAACAAAAUAAAUUUGUCGAGGAAAAUUUUAGUAAAAAUGAUGAAAAUGUUGAUCCCAUUACGAAAUUACCAAGUACACAAUCCGGCGGAUAA